CACAGCAACAGCUCUGUUUUUCAUGGGAAUACGUUCGCCUAAAAGAUCUGCGUACUGAAACCAGACAAGCAAGAGCGUUAUUUGAAACCUUGUGCUCGAAGAUGACGGCGGCCAGGACCUGACGCUUGGUGAAAUAUUGUUUCGGACACUUGAAGCAGGCAAUAAGGACGUUUAUAUAAUCAAUGGACAGUUGUGAAAAGUCACGUAUUAUGUGAUUGAAAUUAUUAAGAAGGAUUGUUGAUCCUGCUUAUUAGUACCUUUAUCAGGUGUAUGAACAUAUACUUCACAGUGGUAAUCAUUCACUCCUCGGGCUUAACCUGGAAAGCUGCGCUCAUCUCUUUUCUUCGAAAGGCUCCGGAAACACUGGCUUUCUUUUCUAGUUGCCUGUCUAAGUGACAGAGACAAAGAGCAUUAGAUUGAGGAAGCUUCUUGGUAAGUCAGCGAUUUGACAAUCUGGAAAAUGUUUUGCUUUCAUUAAGUUGUGACUUAACAAGAAGCCUAAAGAGAACGUAAAAGUCAAAAGGUACGACUCCAGUGGUUUGCUCUUCACAUGCGGGACACGUUUUUGACACUGAUCACGGAAUCGAUUUUGAUAUACAUCUGGUUUGUAUAUUAGCACCAUCAGACCGGAUCUAAGCUGAUGGUUCUCGGCAUUUACAUGAAAGCAUAUAAUUGAUUUACGAUUAAUGAAAACAUUUGCAUUGCAGUGGAACUUAAUGAUAAUGAAGGGGAACUCUUUGGAGGACGCUGAAUGGAGCUUCAGUACGGAGAAACCGCAUUUUCUGACGACACCUUCCAUAAAUUUCAAUGUCUCGCAUUCCAUGCUAAAUAGUUCAGGUGUACACUUUCUGUUGUCUCAGAACAGCUCAAAUGACAACAUGUCUGCAAGGUGGAACAAUAGCACCUAUGGGGAUUAUGAUCGCCCAUCCAUUCCUUCUUUCAAUCGCAUGUCUCUGAUCAAAACUAUAUUAUUCGGUAUUUUUCUUCUCAUCUCGGUUGUAGGAAACACGCUGACAUUGGUACAAGUGUAUAGGAUGCGGAGACGGAAAUCUACGAUCAACACGUUAGUAUUUUUACUUGCGUCGGCUGACCUGAUGGUUUCUUUUUUUGUAAUGGUGACAGAAAUGACCUGGACUAUUACAGUUCAGUGGCUGGCAGGGACAUUUAUGUGUAAACUCAUGAAAUAUCUGGAGGUCUUUGGUUUUUAUCUGUCUACAUAUACGGUAGUGAUUAUCAGUUUAGAUAGAUGCUGUGCGAUUUUGGACCCCCUAAGAAGAAACAGAGCCCCAGACCGAGUGAGAGCCAUGAUAAUUGUCGCCUGGAUCCUUAGUGCCUUAUUCAGUAUCCCGCAGGCUAUUGUGUUCACAGUAGAAAAAGCACCGUUCGCAGGGAUUGACUACUACCAAUGUGUCACUUUCACCAUCCUGACUCAGAAAUGGCAGGAGCAGCUGUACGCUAUAUUGACCAUCAUAACAACGUUUAUUCUCCCGCUGCUUACCAUGAUAAUUGCCUAUGCUCUCAUAUUCCUCGCGAUUACGAGGACUUCUAAGGAUUUCCAGGAAGAAUCGUCUGAUGUAUCACGUGGACACGUAAGGAGUCAGUUGCUUCGAAAAGCCAAGACAAAGUCACUUAUCAUGACCACCAUAAUUGUGGUAGCCUUCAUAGUCUGCUGGAGUCCAUAUUACAUAUUUUGGCUAUGGCAUACCUUCAAUACACAAAGUUCACAGGAUAACGACAGUAAUACCGUCGGAACCUGGGUCUUCUUCUUCGGUAUGGCGAACUCCAUGGUGAACCCGAUGAUAUACGGAGCCUUCCACAUAUGUCGCAGUCAAAGGCCGAUAGUGCACGCCUUGCUAGACUACGUACGCUGCAGACAAUUUUCAACAUAUUCAAGUACACACGACGAUGCCAUCCUGAAAGGUCCAUCAUAGUCAGCUUUGCUGGAAACUUAGCAAUGUGGAAGAUAAGACAGAGGGGGAGACAGUUACGAGACAUUUUCUUAUAUUUUUCAACUUGAAUUCUUCAUUAUUCUCAGGACAAUAUUGGAGAAAAACGGCCCAAUGGACAGUUUUACACGUUUCCAGAUCACUGAACUAGGAGCCAAAGGACUGUGCGCCACAGUAUACAUAUCAAACUAUGGUACUAACAUACCUAUGAUAGCCGAUACCACUGCCUUUACAUGUAGACCAGGAACCAAAAAAGUGUGCUGAUAAGUUUUUAUACGUGAUAUACCUUACCACUGGUUUCACACUGUGCCGAAAUAGACACGAGAUGGAAACACGAUAAAGGGAAUGUUUAAAUUUGGCUCUGAUUGUAAAAAAAUACCAGGCCAUUAAUUAGGGCAUCCUAAGUCAUCGUAUGACAGCCGGUGCAGAUUCUUAUUCUCCGACAACUUCUUGAGGGCUGAUAAAAAUUUGACAUGUCAAAAAUGCAGAAAAACCCUGUAAGGUUCAUUUUCGUGAUGAAUUCGUGAAGAUGUCUUGUCAAGUGUGUCAUUUUUGCUUUUUCUUCGUGAUCAGCUGUGCCACUGGACAUUUUUCGCCCAUCGAAAAAAAAGCUGCCAGAUUGUCUGAGGAAGGGAAUGUUAUUAUAUGAAGCCCUAGCAAUGCCAGAUUAGACCACUGUGUCGGCGAAAACAACGGAAUUUGAAUAGUUCAAGCAGUUCCCAUGUGUCAUGGUUACGUUCAAAUAUAAAAAUGACUUAAAUUUGAAAGAAGGCAGAAAUGUACAUCAAGAAGUUAUAAAGAGAAGGCACACAAUGGACAUUAGAAGUGUCACCCCCUGAAUCAGAGUUAUCAA